AUGUCGACUUCACCAUGCCUUGACGUCCAUUUCACUACCCGUGCUGUCAUCGAGUGGCAGUCUGAUAACGAGUCAGAUGGCACGACACGGAUUCUAGCCAAGCCCGAUCCCAAAGUUAGCUCUAUCACGUUGGCAACUCGAUUCGAUUCGAAAGGUUCUCUCUUCGACAUUCACAUUCCUCUCAAGCUCAAAGGCCUUGACAACACAUGCGAUAUUGCACUUCGCGCCUGCGCUUCCUCCAUCAUCUCUCUUGACCUCGUUAAAAACUCGCCCGUCUGUAGCGAGGUUGAGCAAGAGUUCAGGUCCCCAGCUCUUGGCCUUCGUUUCCAGCUGCACCGCCGUCUUGACAUCCUUGUGCCGACUCCUGCUCUCGAGCCAAUACGUCCAGCAGGUCGAGCACGGUCAGGUGUUGUACUUGAUGCCAUUCGCGAGUUUUCUCGGGCAACUGUUUUCACCGUUUACAUCGAGGCGCGCAAUGCAUCUCCGAAGCUCCAGUCAGUUGGCGAUGCAGUCAGCCAGGGUCUUUUCAAGACAACUUGCAACAGCCGCUUUCAACUGGCUAGCAUGUAUGCUGGUCUUGGAGCAAAGAUUGUGCAGCUUGGUGCAGAUGACACGCUUGCGCCGCCGUCUUACGAAGAAACCGAACCCCCACCGCCGCCGCCUCCGAUCGAUCCCAAGCCUGACAGAAAGCGUCCACGACAAGAUACAGUGACCGAACGUGCUGAAGAAAUCGCUUUGAUUUGGGCUGAACUCCAGAUGCUCAAGCAAGCGAAAGACGCAGACGGGAAGCGCAUUGCAUUCUUGGAGAAAGAGAAUCAGGAACUGAGGGAAACUGUAGCCAAGCUCCAAGAACGAUAUGAAGCUUUCGACAAGUCACAGCAAGAUAUACACCAUAGCUUCGGAGCCCUCGAGACAACGGUCGAGAAGAAUACACAAGAAUUCGAGGAGAGCGUUGGCAAUGAACUGGCAGAGCUACGUGAGGACAUAAGUCAAUUGGAUCAUCAACUGUCUUUCAUUCAAGAGGGACAAGUUAGCGAUGAGUCUGUUGCCAAGAUAAAAGACGCUGUGCUGCUUGAUAUCACCUCGCGACUGUCGGGGGAUUGA